AUGCUCAGCGAAUAUGACGUGGAUCCCGAAGGAUCCACCUGUGGUGGUGUGCUAUUUGACGAACAGGUAUAUCCAUCUACUAGUGGAAUCUCAGCUGGACAAGUUGUGCCUCGCUACGUUGUUGCUGAAGAUGACGCCUGGAUUCAGUCGCUAUCAGAUGUUAUUUAUCAGGAAGAUACACGCCCUUCUCCAGGAGACACACACUAUGAAGAUGUUCAGACAUUCAAUCAGGUUCAUGCUGGUGACGAAGUGUAUUUGAUGCAUGACGGGCGCGAGUUUGAUGAACUAGCAGAAUCAGUCGAGACUCUCCAAGUUGCUGCACAUGAAGUCGUAGAGGACGAGAUGGUGCAAGGUCAAGUUGAACCUAUUGAGUACAUCCAAAGCCUUCCCGGAGAGGUGGUCCAAGAUGUGCCCACGUACCUCGAGUCUUCACAGAUUAUACCUAUGGCUGAGGACACUCGAGUUCGUUAUAUUGUACAGCAACAACCGCAGCUGUACGAGGUUCCACAAAAUGCACCCUUGCGGUACGAGAUAAGGCCGAAGGCGAUGUUUGAAGGAACGUCAUGUCAAAGAAUCACUCCAGUAAAGCAAAUGCCUAUCUCUGUAAAUCGAUCUAGGUCCAAGUCACUACCACGACGUCCCGUUCUUGAUCCGGAGGAUGCUUCGCUUGUUCAUCUUACGCAGGAAUAUGAUGAAGCAGAAUGGGAUGGCGUUGAACUGGAGGACCACGAGUACUUCGUUGGUGAAGGGUGUGCGAUUAUGGCAGAUGAUGAUGGAGGCUCAAAUCUAUCUGCUCCUAAGAUUCAACAGAGACCAUACUUCCCGCCAAACCUUUCACCGACUGAGAAGAAAGAUUACUUGUUGGCGAAUUACAAGAAAGCUUGCGAACGGUAUUUUCCGUUUGCAAAUACCGCAAUGCUCGCUAAAGAGACGAUAUACAAACCAACUGAAGCUUUUGCUAGCGAUUUGUAUCGUUUUCACGCUCGAGGUGCUCAUAUACACGGGUUUUUUCGUACUGUUAUAGAUUCUAGGGAUCCACCCAGCAAUGAUCAAACAAGAUAUAUCCAAGACAUUCAGUUUGGCAAAGUGUUUCCAUUAUUUCCUGAUUAUGACGAAUGGGAUAAACAAAUGAAGGAUGAUUUUCGUCAGCUUAGUAGCCGCCUUUUGAAACUGUUCGAAAGAAAGUGCUUCUACGCAAACGCUAAAAGUGGAGUUGGGAAGAUCCCACCUGUGAAGCGUGGGGCAAGACCACAACCUAAACCACCUCCUGAUUACGUGGAACAACAGAAAAUCACAUCGGAGGGUUUACCCAAAGGGUUUCACUCGGUCAGAGCCUCUGCAAAAAAGGUUAAUCAACCGAUAUCUGAAACGCAAGCAAACACAGUUACUGCCACUAGACUGAAAGAGCUGCCCCAGGCAUCUUCCUUAACUGAGCAGGUACCGGUGCCGGAGGAGGUGGGAGCAGCCCGGGUCGAAGCUCUUCAAUACAAUAAACGUGCAAAUGUAAGGCGUUUAGUGGAUGAUGCCUUCAUGACUCGGGAACAGGAGGCCCCACUUGUGGAGUACGAGGCGCUGCCUUCAGAUCCGAGAACAUUCAUAUGUCGUGUGCCUCCUGGACCAUCGAAAACCUUGAGAGAUCAACGUUCAACAGGAAGGAAGGCUGUGCGGAUGAUUCAGAAUGGAACAAUCGAGGCAAGUAUUGAUGGAAGUGGUCGCUAUGUGGUAAAUCUUGAUGACAUACGGGGCCAAAGAUCCAUUGCACAAGCUAUGGAUGCGGCAAGAUAUGUCCAUCGGUCCGCUUAUUCUCUUCGUGAGAUGGCCGCCUCCGCCCGAAGGGGAGCCGCGAAUUACGCUAAUGUUCAAGCUAGAGUGAGAGCUCAAGGACCACGUUACUCUAGAAUAGGUCAGGUCCCCCAAUACAUCUACAGCUCGGACACCACUCUGGCGCACGAUCAGCUGUCUGAGAAUAUAGCACCUAUGCGAAAUACUGUCAGAUCUGACGUAUAUCAGAGAAGUCGCUCAUGCGGACGAGUUACUCAGACAGAAGCCCCAGCAUAUAGACGAAGUGCUUCAAGUGGGAGAAAGUGCUUCGAGUCACGAAAUGUGCCGGACUCGGCUCACUUUGACGAAGAGGACCAUAAUGUAGAAGGGCCUCUCACUCGGAUCGUUUACACCAAUGAUCCUUCGACUUCGAUCGAUCAGAAUAAUACUGCGGAUGUCAUUGUUACACAAUCUAGAGAUGAGAAUCCAGGUGUUCCUAGCCAAAGCAGGGACCACGCCGAACAGAAUUCUGCGCCUUCAUCAUCUCUAGUCAAAAAUCAGAAGCGAGGAGUCUUGCUCAGAGAUGAAAACGGAAGACUGCGAAGAGGUUACAAACUUCCCGAUGGCACUAUAAUACUGGGGAAACCAAGGUACAAGCAGCCUAUGGCUGGUGGAGUGUAUGUGCUGCAUUCAAUGGGUAGAAAUGAUGGAAGAGGGGAUCAGUGGAGGAGGACACAAGAACCUUUUGGUUCACUUGGUAGAACUCAAGAAGAAAUAUUGAGAACAGAUUCUCAUAAUGUAAAGAACAAGACCAGGCGGACCAAACAGUCUAGAUCAGAGGCAGCGCCUGAAAUUGACUCCGCACCAAAAACUGAAUCGCGGGGGCGUCGGAGAUUUUCGGCUCGUCACUGCGCCAUUGAUCAGAUAUCACCACAUCGGAUUCCACAAUGGUCAGAAGAGGAACUGAAGAACUUCAAUCGAAAACGUCUACUCAAACAAAAGGAGGAGGAUGAGGAGAAUAUCUUUGUUGAUGUGGUAUCAACAGACAGUACGACGGAAGAGAGUAUACUGGAGCUCAUCGCACCAGCUCCUCCACCUCCUACCGCAAAUGGUAUCUCUGAUGCUAGCAACGCAAAAAAGCCUGGUCGUCCUCACAAGAAGUAUAGAGGUCGUCUAGCCAGGCAGAAACAAGCCAUCAAAGAUGCCGAAAUUGCCGAGAAAAUCGCUAUCAAGCAUCGAGAGCUGCCCGUACUCGACCUAACCCUCAAAAUUAUAGAAGACCCGUCGCUGAAAGAGGCACUACCCAUUUUGCUGCAUGAAGUUGGAGAUGUACUGAAGGAAAUGAUUGCUCAGGUUUCACUUGAAGAUUUGGAACCGAAGAGAGAUAUAAAACCGCGAUACCGAAGGACUUGGGACUAUCUACCUAGGAUCCGCUCUAAGCGUCAGGAGUACAAGAAACAGAACGUACCCGUCAGUGAAAGGAGUCCUUCUCCACCUCCGCUCACGGUCAAGCCAAGAGGUCGCAACGCUGAGAAGUAUCGCAAGCCAAUAGCUGAGCAACAACAUGAUCACGACGAGAAUUUAUCGCCAAAUGGCGGCCCUACUACCAAGGCUCCAUUCGAGAACGAAACUUCCGAAGAUAGCAAAAGUUCUGAAGCAAAAGUUUUGCCUGAUUCCAUUGCUCCAUCGGAAGAGCAUGAGCCCGAACCGCAGGAAGUGAACUUGCUAAGCACUGAAACAACAAUAAAUGAAGAUGAUUUGGUGGAUGUUCUGGACCCAUUUUUCUCCGAUGCUCUGACCAUGUCGAAUGAAGUUGAGACUCAAUCCCAUUCGUUGUACAUGUUCCAGAAGUCUAUCAACGAUAUCACAUUAGCUACAGAUGCAUCGCCGUUGAAAGAACAAUCAAAAAUUGAGAAAAGAGUAUCCGUAACAGAGGUUCUCACGGAGUUGUCCAGAGCUUCGGAUGGAAGACCUUCGGCAGAUCUUUCCGAUGAAGUGCCAAAAACAUCUUUGGGGACUGAGGGGCUAUCAUUCGACGCUGAACCUCUCGAAACGACUUAUAUGACUGAAGAACAUGGAGAUCUGUGCCGCAGAGUGGAGGCAAUGCUUGAUGUUUUGCAGAACUUUUGUGAAGAAACAGCAGGGGUGUUUGUCCAUGUGGGGAGCAGUGCAAACGCUUACAACGAUGAACGUUUGCCUUAUCUUCAGAAUGAGCCAGCUAUCACCAAUUCUUUGAAGUCUGAACCCGAUAAUUUGCUCUUAAGGGCAAAAGAGCCGGAUACGCAAAAUUUGGAAAAUGAGUUGUCAGAAGGUCGUGUUGUGUCUGAAGUAGUAGCCGAACCUGUCUUGUUCGAAGCAAAAGCGCCGCCGCAACUGUUGUCCACAGCUUGUAGUCUUGCGAUUGCUAAUUUUGAAGAAGAUAGACUUUACACUUCUGCCAAUGUGGAUGUUGAUUUUUCGCGCAUGACAAAGCCAGGGGAGAGUGAAGCAUCAGCAAGUUACACACAUGAUUCAAUAGCUGUAGAGAAAGCGUAUCUCUCAGUUUGCUGGGAAGAAAAUUUCAUCGAAGGAGCUUUUGAUUUAUAUAAGGAAGACGAAUCUGUGGACAUCGACGGUCACAUACCUUUAAUCGCUCAAGAAUUGGAAGUGUUAAGUGUGAUCGACUUGGAUUCCACGCUAGUAGCUGUAGCUCCUGUGGAUAAACCUUUGGUCCUUGGCGAGAGUUUAACACUAUAUGAAACUGUCUCCAUUAACGACAAAACUGCCCUUUAUACCUCUUCUGUGGACCUCGCUUUCGAGAGAUCUGUCGUGGAACUAGAGAGUAUUUGUUUUUACACACCUAUCGCUGAAGAAGAAGCAGCGCUGCUCUCCAUAGUUGAUUUGAAAGCUUCGUUGUAUCUCGAGGAACAGCAUGAUGGGGCUUCGAAGUCAUUUCCUAUCCCUCGUGUAGGCGACCGUGUAGAAGACACUCGUUAUGCUACUAGUGUAAUGAAAAAUCUCGUUAGCGAGAGAGCUCCUGCGAGAUCAAUAAAUUUGGAUUCCAUACUAGGAAAAACAAUCUCCAAAGAUUUCCUGGGCUUUUUGCUGAAGUUAUUAAAAGUAAUAGGCACAGUGCUUGCGGAGUCGUUUCCGCGGGCUACGGAAACGUUGACGCAUUUGGUCAGGUCACCCCUAAAACGGAAGUAUGUUGCCGAUGGAUCCGGUGAAGAAUAUGAACUCCCAUCCAAAAGAAAAAAGUUAGCAAGCGAUGACAGCGCACAAUUUUCGAGCUUCCAAGCACUUAAUGUUGACUUGAGUAAGGAGCUGGAGUUAGUGGAUACGACACCAAGCGAAUUUCUGACGAAGUUGAAGAGGAGGAAAACUGUAAAGAAGCAUCGUGCGCCCAUAAUCCAUAAGAAGAAAGACAGAUAUGUUCAUCCGCCUCAGCAUGGAAGCACGGCCACUGCUGAAAUAGAUGCCAUCUCAGAGAGGACGCGCUCUAAAGAAGUAGUGAAGCGGAAGGAAGCAGAAGCGGUGACGACUACCCAUCAUCAGGAUAAGCCCAGAACUGUACUUCGUAUAAGGAGGCCCACUACCGAAUUUAAUAUUAAACGUGUUGAGCCUGACUGCGGUUGUGACACAAAUAUAGGCUUCUUUGGGAGAAGACUAUUGGUAGCAUAUAGAAAGUCACGAGAGCGGAAUUACCAAAUCUCUGAUUUCAAUCUUACCAAUGUUAGAACUAGGAAUCCAGUUGUGAAAUACGACAUCGAUGUUGCUCCCUUGAUGGAAUCAUUGAAUCCCGUAUCUCCAAGUUGCUUGUCUCUUCCACGCGCCGAAGGAAGCUUGGAGGAUGCUGUGGAGCAGUUUGAAAAGGGUAUCGGCUGUAUUCUGAACCAACUUGAUCAUGCCAGAACAAUCACCGAGAACCUCCGAGAUAAAAUGCAUUGGUCUCUGCAUUUUCUCACGGACGCUCAGUUAUUCUUUCUGGAUAUCUUAUACGAACUAUGGGGAUUUACAGCUCGCUUCGUUCAGAUAGCUGUUUUCAGCGUUUAUCAGACGUGUCUUUGGGAAAAACAUAGUGAACUUUUUGACGCUCGUAUGUGCCGCCUUCUCUUCGAAAUGAACGCUUCUGCUUCGCUUUCUUGUGAUAUAGGCAUGUGUGCUUCGUAUUUACGAGGAUUCGAGGAAUGGUGCAGAGAGUUGAGCAAUUUUACUUCCAUAUACAACCAUGUUCAUGGUUUGGCGCUGUCACUCAUCAAACUGAUCACGGUGCCUGACUUCCUAAAGCGUUUGCAGCGGAAAACAUUUUGGAAUUCGAAAGCUUUACCAUUUAAAGAAAGCGAAGAAUUGUUUACUAUAGAUCUGGCACCGUACUUCCAAAUUGGCACAUGCCCAUCCGAAGGAAAGGAGUUUGAUCUUACAAAGGCGCUGGAUGUCAGGAUGCCUCUCGUCAAUACCAUGUUGAAAGAUCUGAUAGACUUUGAAACAGCACAAGAUAGCAGCAGUCACGAUGUGUUUUCGUUCCUGUUUCCAUCUCAAGCUAUUGUGGAACUCUGUCAAAAACAGAUUUCGGACGAGAUUCAGGCGUACUACCACAGCCACAACAUGAAGUCGAUCACUUCACUGUCGAAUCGCGAUCUCUAUGUUCUAUCACCCACUGCAAGAGCUUACAUCGUAUCUCGUGUGACUGAAGCGCGAGCGCGAAGUCACAUGCGAAACCAUGUCAUGAAUAUUGAAAAACUCAUUGAAAAGCUGAAUUCAUUUUACGCUGACCUUGAAACGAGCGUUAAUUUGCACAACGAAGCAGAGUUCAGUUACCCAUGCGGUCAAAUAGUGUUCGGAUUCGAUGGCGGGAGUGUGAGUGUAUGCGUCAAUAAGCCUAUACCCGCAGAUGUGCCACAACUUAGCAGUGAAGCCAUGGAAGAGGCUCAGCGAAUUAUGGGCAGUGGUGUUGGUAAUACGGUGUUCCAUCCGUCUACAAGAAAACAAGACGGAUCGAGCGAGAAGAGCAGCGGAAUGAAGAAGCCGUUAGAAGCCGUGAAAUACUGGCUCGCGACAAUUCCAGAAGAAGCCAUGGAAGAGGUGGAAGAUGCUGAAAUGCAGGCACCUUCCGGCCACGAAGAUGAGGAAUCUAUGGACAUCGUCUAUCCGAGCAGUCCAGCCAGAGUGCAGGUGAUUGACGACGAAAACGACGACACCGAGCUCGAAUCCUAUCAGUCACCAUCGAGAAAAUGCUGCGAUGCUGACUCUUUCACAAAAGUCAUUGCAGGAAGGAAAAUACUGUAUACCGUGGAUUGUGAGCAAGGAUUCGUAAAGUUGAAAACUGUUGAUUCCAAAGCCAGCGACGAACCUACCGAUGACCUCGCUACCAGCACGUUCAGUACCGCUUCAUUCAACUCCUAUGAUAAGAUUGAGACUUUGAGAAUUAUCAGAUCAAAGGAGACAGGUGAACUGGACUGGAUGACCAUGAUUCAGAAUACCUUGGAAGCCCCUCCCUUCCCAGAAACUUUGCCAAGAUUCUUGUUGAAAAAGGAGUUAAGCGAUCGAAGGAUUUUGGAUGCGAUGAAAUGUCAUGAGUAUGCCAAUCACUUUGUCCAUGAAACUGAUGAAUCUGGAGAGUUUUUGGAUCAACGUAAGGAAAUGAGGGAGAAAAUCAAGCAGUUCCAAAUGAUUGACUAUUAUGAAAGAAGAAGGAAUGCUAAGUUUGAGAAGAUAAGUAGCUCUACUCCGCUUGAAAUGCCCCGACCUAGACUACUUGAUCAGUUCCCAGCCUAUGGUAUCUGGGUGCACAAGGUUGCGCUCUACGCCGAGGAGGAAAAGAAGAGAUUGAUAGGUCUCAAACCAUUCGACAAUGAACCCUGCAGAGCAGCACGUCCUGAGCUGGUUCGCGGACUAGCAGAGCCCAAAAAGCAGAAGAAGAGGACUGCUUCUGCGAUGUCAUGGCUGGGACGGACAAUGCAUGAGCAUUUUGGAGACUAUCUUGAACUGGGCAUGUCAAGGCUGCAAUAUGAAAAAGCGCAAUCCGGCACGGAAGGGGAUAGAGCGCUAAGCCCACCUGACGCUAUAACCAACCUUUUUGUAAACAGAAGCAAUGGCACGAUGACACCCGUGGAUCCAGCAGAGUUGAUUGAAAAACCGUAUGCAUACUUCCGACCGACAAAUCCAUCCAGGAAACGCCGCGCCUCACCUGUGCUUUUGGAAAGCACUUUAGUCAAACGCUUCCCAGAAUGUCCAGUACUCGCCCCACUAGGAGUGGCGGACGAUGACAAGGAGAACAUCUUGCCUCCGGAACCUGAUGGCUCUAGUAGUGAUGACGACGAGGAUGACUAG